AUGGAUGACGGCUCGCGAGCCACCGAGGCCGACGUCUACGCGGCAAACCUGAGCUUCACCCUGAAAGAGCUACAACGCAAAGUCCGCGAACACCAAUCCGAGCUCGAAAAAAUCCGCGCCGCGCAAACAGAAGUCCCCCUGUCACCACAAGACCAAGCUACUGUCAUAAAAACCGCCCUAACGACCAUCAACACCACCUCGGAGCCCUUCCUCCCCUUCGCCGGCUCCGUGCUGCCCGCGCUCCUCGCCCUCCGCCGCGCGCACCAAACCAUCACCGAAUCAAGGACGUACCUGGAAUCCCACGCCGCCGAGGCAGACCGUGAACGCAAGCAGCUCGAGUCUGACCGCACCAACCUCAAGGACCAGCACCUCCUCACGGAUGCGCUCACGUCGAGAAUCGCAGCCCUGCGGCAGGAGCUCGCGGCCAAGGCUGAGAUGAGACCCGAGGACAGCGCCCGCGAAAAGAUGGAUGAGUUGCGUGCCAAGACGAAGGCUUAUGACAAGGAGAGGAAACAGCUCAUGAGGGCGUUGCUGGAUUUUAUUGACAAUCAACUUGCUCCCAUGCUGGCGGCUGAGGAGCUGGGCGGUCCCGUGGUGGGGGAUAUUAUGGAGGUUGAUCCCGACGACUUGGCGGCCGGGUUCAACGCCCAGGGGAAGCUGAAGAAGCCCAAGGGCGGCGAGGAGGAUAAGCGGCAGAGAAGAAUAGAUGAGAUUUGGGGAGCGGCGGCCGGGAGGACCAGCGGCGGUAAAUAUUCACAACACAAACGCUUCUAUCGCCAUUACCGGAGCGCGUGCGUGCCCAGAUGA